AACGUCCUCGGAGGAGUCCAGACGUUUUCAUUGGCCGCGGCGAUGAGAGGAAGAGGAGGGAGGGAGGAGGAAGAGGAGGAGGAGGAGGAGGAGAGACUGACGGACUGGCAAGAAUUCCUCAGCGCUCCUCAGAUUUCUUGAAAACCUCGGACCUCCUGCUCGUCUCCCGUCCCGACAAACAUCCAGACCAGCUCCGAGCGGAGUCGCCUUUUUUUUAUUAUUAUUAUCAUUAUUAUUAUUACUACACAAAAAUGAUGUCGAGAAGUGCCGCUGUGCUCCUGCUGCUGGCGGCGGCUGUGUGCAACGCAGAGGAGCUGCAGAGCAAGAGCAAAGUGUGUGCCAAUGUGUUCUGCGGGGCCGGCAGGGAGUGUGCCGUUACCGAGAAGGGGGAGCCCAGCUGUCUUUGUAUAGAGAGCUGUAAGCCCCACAAGAGGUCAGUGUGUGGCAGCAACGCUAAGACGUACAGGAAUCACUGCGAGCUCCACAGGGAUGCUUGUCUGACUGGUUUGAAGAUCCAGGUGGCUCACGAUGGACACUGCCAGGAGAGGAAAGCAGAGCAGGCAGCUGCCAGCCCAGUGGUAUGCUACGCUGCUGACCGCAAUGAACUGAGGGGUCGCGUGAUCCAGUGGCUGCAGACUGAGGUCGUCCCAGACGGCUGGUUUGUCAAGGGAUCCAACUUCUCUGACAUCCUGCUCAAAUACUUCAAGUCGUACGACAACGGCGAUUCUCAGCUGGAUUCCUCCGAGCUGCUCAAAUUCAUCCAGCAGAACGAGUCAGUUGUGGAGCUGCAGUCCUACGCCGACCAGGAGAGCAACAAGCUGCUCAGGAGCCUGUGUGUCGAUGCCCUCAUUGAGCUCUCUGAUGAGAACGCAGACUGGAAGCUGAGCUUUGAUGAGUUCCUCAACUGCCUGAAGCCUGGCUUCAACCCACCAGAGAAGAAAUGUGCCUUGGAGGAUGAGACAUAUGAGGACGGAGCAGAGACCCAGGUGGAGUGUAACCGCUGUGUGUGUGCAUGCGGCAACUGGGUCUGCACUGCUAUGACCUGCACUGAUAAAACAGCAGCUGUGGAUGAGGUAACAGAUGCUGGAGCAGAGAUGACUGAGGAGGAGUGGAAUCUCCGUGUGGCUGAGCUCAACAAGCACCAGGAAACAGUCGAGAAGAUGAAGAGCAGCACAAAGGAGGCCUAAACAAGGACUCAAUGAAGGAGAGGACGCACGUCAUCAACCUUCCUCCAUACUUGAUUUACCUUGCGGCCAUGUGUUGUUACUAAACUGACUUUUUCAUGUUUCUCUGCUAUGUUUUUUUUUUUUUUACAUUGUUUCAGUGUUUGUGUUGAUGUUUGUUAGAUUCAGGGGCGAUCGAAGAGUAUUAUAGGAUUCCCUCCUGUUCAGUACUGUCAUAUUUGAUUGUAUUACUGCGCCUCUACGCUAGCCCUGGGGCUAUUUUUACUACAAUCCUUAUAUUUUUACAGUUAGUAUGGAGAAAAAAAAAAAAGUUGUCACUGUUUUGGAAUAUGGAAGUUUGAGAAGGUAGAAGAGAAAUCCAGCUGUUGAAAUGAGGAAGCUACAGACAAAGCUCACCACGUGACGUGACACCUAGUGCAGCAUGUUUCUCCACAUCCUGAGAGGUUUUUACAGUCAACAAGUAGGAGACGCUGGAACAAGAAGGUAAAGCUACUAGUGAUUUUGUUGCCAUUUAGAACUGCCACAGUAGGCCACUACUUGACCAAUGCACUUCUCUUUCUUUCUCUCGAGCUUUCCUAGGCUUUAGUUUAUCAGAAGCCUGAAAACUGUUUAUAUCUUACUGCUAAAGUAAUACUUUUGCUGCAACAACAAAAAAAAAAAAAGCAUUUGCUUCUGUGUACAGUAUGUUAUUGGCUUGUUCAAUCGAGUUCCCGUGAUAUGCUCAGCCGAGUCUCCCCGGUGUGUUUUUUUUUUUUUUUCAGUUUCAACAUUUCUUGGUCUGUGACAAACAAACAUCGUGGUCCAUCUUUUUCAGCAUGGCACAGCACAACUGCACCAAGGCGAGACUUGUGAUCUGAAUAUAGCAUGGUGAACACUGAAACCAAAGUCUUGAUGUUUGAAUGAUGUAAAAAAAUUAAUUAAAAAAAAAUCUCUCCAGGUAAAACAUUACUCUGGACCCAGCAACAACACUAUACCUGUGCUUACAAAAUCACUCUAACAGAAGGACUAGCCUCACUGUCAGCUAAAGUAGCUUAGACGCAUCGAUAACUGGGUGCAUUUUAAGUGUGUGUGUAUGUGUGUGUGUGUGUGUGUGUGUGCUAUGGGAGUGCGAUUGGUUUGUUAAAUGUCUUUAUUUGUUAAAAAUCCUGUAUCUAAAUUGGGAGAUUUGACAAUAAAAUAUCAGUGCCUUAGACCUGCAAACAGUAUAGGUCUCUACCUUUGCCUGCUAUUAUGCCACGUGGCAUAGCGAGAAUGAGUGUGCUUUGCUGAAUUUUAGCAGUAAACUAGUGCUUUGUGACUCUAUCCCUGAUACAUGUCUGCGUGAAAGUUGCAUUACUAGGUUGAGGCUAAAUCUUUAUAUUCCACUAAAAGUGCAGAGACUGUAAGGAAUAUGUAUGUAUGCCAAUAAAGCCCAUACACAACAACA